AUGUCUGAAAGCAACACUCAAUUCACCUCUUCCGUCGUCUCCCAGGGCUCCUCCACAGUACAGAAGUCUGUGUCGGUAAACCUGAACGAGGAAUCGAUUCCGGACGCGAUCAAGCGAAUUGCGGACGAAGACCGCGACUUCAUCUUAGGAGAAGACGUCCCAGUGACUUCUUCCACCCAGCCUGGUUCGAGAACAUCACCCUUCUUCUCCGCCCAACAUUCCUCCUUCCCAACUCCCGCCUCAACAGAAUACGCCCCUCCGUCCGACGAUCCGCCUCCAGCCUACUAUUCCGCUGAAAACAUAUUCAAUGGUCUUCGCAACAACCACCAGCCCCAAGCAGGGCAAUCCAUGAGCUCCGACCCUAUGGCUUGUUAUGAUGGUGAUGAGGCCUGCUCCGAGGAGACAGCUGUAGUCGCCAACGCCAAGUACAAUAGGAGUAUGGUGCAAGUGCUUGCGUAG